UCCGAGGCAUCGCUGACAUUCUACAGGAGCCGAAAUGGGUCUAAUCGCUCUGUAGCUGUCCUCGUUUAUCCACCACAACGCCCUUCGGCGGGUGCAUGGUGGUACUCGACUGCUGCUUUAAACAGCAGCACUGACAUGGAAACCCCAUUGCAGUUGAAGAACGAUUUCUUUCAAGAGCAGCAGAUCCAGCAUCACUGUAAGUACCAGCACUACUGCGGACCAGAGGGACGCUCCACUAAGCAGCGCAACCAAUGCUGCACCUGCAAGAACUGUACCUGUGGUGCAAGAAAAAGCCUCGUUUUUCGCGGGACGUCGGCGAACACUCAAGGAACUUUACGGACGCCAUCCGUAACGUCUUCGAGACAAGGUUGUCAUUUUAGCGUCUGUGAGUUUAAGCCCUCCAGUCAUGGUAGUUCACCCAGACAUCACCACCAUCAGCACUGCCACAAUCGGCCGCGGGGCAGCCCGAGCAGCAGCCACAAAGAGAGUAACUCGUAUAACGAAAUAGCCAUGAGCAGCUGCAGAUACAACGGCGGCGUAAUGCGGCCGCUGAGCAACUUGAGCUCGUCCCGCAGAAACCUACACGAGUUUGAUUCAGAGUCCCAGCCUUUACAACCAAUUUCCACCGCAGAUGCAUCGGACACCCUAGCAUCUAAACCGGAGAACAAUUCGACCACCCUGAUGCCUUACGCAUCGGGAGACGGAGGGGGUGGAUGUAACAACAGUGGCAGUAAAUCGGGUAAAAAGAAGAACCAGAACAUUGGGCAAAAGCUUGGACAUAGAAGGGCCUUGUUUGAGAAAAGGAAGCGCCUCAGCGACUAUGCUUUGAUCUUUGGGAUGUUUGGGAUCGUUGUUAUGGUUAUAGAGACUGAACUCUCAUGGGGAGCAUAUGGAAAGGAAUCCUUGUAUUCAUUAGCUCUAAAAUGCCUGAUAAGCCUUUCUACAAUCAUUCUUCUUGGUCUGGUUAUCAUAUACCACGCAAGGGAGAUUCAGUUAUUCAUGGUGGACAAUGCAGCAGAUGACUGGAGGAUAGCCAUGACCUACGAGCGCAUCUUCUUCAUCUGCCUGGAGAUCCUGGUGUGCGCCAUCCACCCCAUCCCAGGGAACUACACCUUCACCUGGACAGCGCGCCUGGCCUUCUCCUACACCCCGUCCAAGACGGACGCAGACGUGGACAUCAUCCUGUCCAUCCCCAUGUUCUUACGGCUGUAUCUCAUCGCCCGCGUCAUGCUGCUCCACAGCAAGCUCUUCACAGACGCCUCGUCCCGCAGCAUCGGGGCGCUUAACAAGAUCAACUUCAACACACGCUUCGUCAUGAAGACCCUGAUGACCAUCUGCCCUGGCACCGUGUUGCUGGUCUUUACCAUCUCGUUGUGGAUCAUCGCUGCGUGGACCGUGAGGGCCUGUGAGAGAUACCAUGACAACAUGGACAUAACCAGCAACUUUCUAGGAGCCAUGUGGUUGAUAUCAAUCACUUUUCUAACCAUUGGAUAUGGGGAUAUGGUACCCAACACUUACUGUGGAAAAGGAGUCUGUCUCCUCACUGGUAUUAUGGGAGCCGGCUGCACAGCCUUGGUAGUGGCUGUGGUUGCAAAGAAACUGGAGUUAACCAAAGCUGAAAAACAUGUUCAUAAUUUUAUGAUGGACACCCAGCUGACAAAAAGAGUGAAAAACACAGCUGCAAAUGUACUGAGGGAGACCUGGCUCAUCUACAAGAACACCAAACUUGUGAGGAAGAUGGACCAUGCCAGAGUCAGGAAGCACCAGAGGAAAUUCCUCCAAGCCAUUCAUCAAGCUCGAAAAUUGAGAAGUGUUAAAAUGGAGCAACGCAAGCUGAAUGACCAAGCAAACUCACUAGUGGACCUUGCAAAGACUCAGAACAUCAUGUAUGACCUGAUCUCAGACCUGAACGAGAGAGGGGAGGACAUGGAGAAGAGGAUCGCCCUGCUGGAGACCAAGCUGGAGACUUUGCUGGGGAACCUGCAAGCCCUGCCAGGACUCAUCAGCCAGGUCAUCAGCCAGCAGCACAGGGACUUCUUGGAGGUGCAGCUCCAGCCGUACAACAAACACAGCCCUGAGCGAUCGCAGUCUGUGUCCAGACGGAGGUCAUCCUCCACUGCACCACCCACCUCCUCCGAGAGCAGCUAG